AUGGGUGGUGGGCAACCUACUGAAUCGAGAAGUUACUAUAUUGAACCUCGAGAUGAUCGACCAAACAAGCGAGUCAAGCAAUCCGUACCUGGAUUAUCCAAUGCGAAUGUGGCCCGCUACUUCCCUACGGGCCCUUUUCAUCAACCACUAGAAGCAAUCGAAGACGAAGAACCGCAAACCUCGCGACACAAGUAUGACGGCUUGACCCGAGAAGACUCUAUGGUCGAAACUAUCGAUAGCUCAAGCAUUAUCAGUCUCGGUAGGAAUGCAGGAGCUACGAGCAACCAGCAAGAGUACCGGAAUGUUCACCGUCAGAACAGCGUAAAACGUACCCGGCGACGACGGAGACACGAAUCCAAAGCAUCCUCUUCGCCUAUCGAGAUUGACGAUACGACUGCUGUUGCGCACCGAAACCUUGCUCCUCAACCUUCACAUCCCCCUGUGAGUCCAGACCACUUAGCUACAGAGAAUGAGGACGGUCCGCCACCGGCCAACAUUACGUCUGAUGUCAUCUCUCAGCCAAAGCGACCAGCAACAGAAUACACCCAGAGUGCGCCAAAGCGAUUCAAGGUCUUCCCACAGUCUGAUGAUGAGCUUGCGCCUGGAGCUCCCGCAAGCCGAGAGACUGUCAAGAAGCCUAGUUUCCCGAAGCUACUUUCUCAACCGCGACUCCAACGGGGUGACAUACAGUCUACCGCAUUCAAACCGACAAAAACUAUUCCGGGGCGCGAAACCUUGCUUUCCAAGGGGCCAGCAUUGAAGAACGUUUCCUUGGAGGCUGCGAUCUGUGGAAGAUACUCAUUUUCUCCAGCAGACGAUAUUGAGCCAGUUACACUUCAACUUGGUCCAAGUGCUGCCGAGCCCAUACAUCAGAAUAGCGGGAGCCUCUCCUGGCUCCAAGUUUUGCGGUCGUCAGUCAAACGUGUAAGACACAAUAACACUAAUAGCCCUAUUGUUGUCAUUAACCGCUCGUCGAGAGUAUCUAUCUCCUGCGGUACCCUUAUACUCAAAUUUGUCAGCGAUACAGAUGCCUCAUUCUUUAUUUGCUGGUUGCACGGUUUGCCAGGCCUCGUUCAAUGCGACGUAGACAAGCUGGAUGCAAUAUUCCGUCGCGUAAAGAAAGAGGCCGAUGGUUGCAGGGCAAGCCCGGUGGAGGCAUCCGAUAUAUUCUUACUGGAUGAUAGUUAUAGAGCCAACGCUGCCAGACCUCAACACCACAGAGAUCCUUUCUUAGGGGAUCCUGUCUCGCCUGGCCUUCCUGCCUCGAAACAAAGCAAGCUCAAGGACGGGAUGCAGAGCAUGUCUCAGCCAAAAGAGGACGUGCAAAUAGAACCACUAGACACCGAUGAUUUGUAUACAGGGCUCACUCGCAACCAAGGGCUCGAGACUCGGCACUUAACAAGAAGGCAAUCUCCACAAACUCGACAUGAAAGAACCCCGAAACCAUGGACGGCUUGCAAUCCUGGUUGGGAGAAGAAAUGGCACAGAUCUUUGGUGUGGCCUCCAACAGGAAAAAAUCGGGCAACAGUUGAUAAAGAUGAUAUUCAACGGCUGGAUGAAGGCGAAUUUCUUAACGACAACAUCAUCAGCUUUUAUCUUCGCUACCUACAAGACCAGCUUGAGAAAGAGCAGCCAGAGGUCCUAAAGAAGGUGUACAUCUUUAGUACAUUUUUUUUCGAGAAGCUAAGAUCGAAUCGCGGCAAGAUCAAUUAUGAUGGCGUCAAAGCCUGGACUGCCCGAGUCGAACUGCUGUCAUACGAGUUCAUUGUUGUUCCGGUCAACGAAAACGCGCACUGGUAUCUGGCCAUCAUCUAUAAUGCACCUCGUCUUCUACAAGAGGUGAAAGCGGAGACAAAAAACAAAAAGCAGUCUUCAAGUCCACAAGAUGCAAUAAUUGUUGAGGAUAAUGACCCGGUAAUGGAUCUUGUGGAAAAUCCUCCUGCUGGAAGAAAUUCUUCCAUUGUGUCUAUAGAUGUCGCAGUUACCCGCUCAACCAGAAGCCGGGCAAUUAAUGACAGUAACUCUUCUCUAGUUGGUGACAAGCAUACGGCGAACAUAGUAACUCCUGGCAAAACGAGCAAACGAAAAUCAACUGGAGGAAAUCAGAAGUUCAGCACUGACGAUCCAAAAAUUAUUACGCUCGACUCGCUAGGCUCAUCGCAUCCACCAACCUGCAGGUGUUUGAAAGACUAUCUCGUUGAGGAAGCAAAGCACAAGAAGGGCUUCGAGAUCGCUGGUGUACCCGGUGGCAUGACUGCCCGGGGCAUUCCGAUGCAGGACAAUUUCUGCGACUGUGGUGUUUAUGUCCUGGGGUACAUGGAAAAUUUCCUGAAGGAUCCAGACGAGGCUGUUCGAAGACUGCUUCACAAAGAAGACACUGAAUGGGAAAUCAACGCCCCUGAGAUCCGUGCCAAGGUGAGGGAUCUUCUCUUCGAGUGUCAAGAGAAACAGAAUGAGCGUCUGGAAAAGGAAAAGGAGAUGAAGAGGCAACGGAGGGCAACAAAGGGUCCCGUUUCUUCACCACAGAUAGCUGCCUCUUCGCCACAGGUGCCUCGAAGAGAACCGGAGACACCACAAGUUAGUCGUUAUGCAACAAGCCCGUCAGUAAACGACGCCAGUGGCUCGCCUUCUGAGGCGGCUCGACAAACAGGGACCACUUCUUCAUAUUUUGCAGUCGCUUCUGCAGAGAAGCCAGGCCAGCCUCAAACGCCCAAAAGAAAUGAUGAACCAUCGCUCGUCCAACCUCUCAGAGAGGACUCGGGCAAUGAGUCUAAGGCCUCUAGCUCAGGAGAUGUUUAUCAUUCGGCUCGAUCAUCGCCUAUCAAUAGCGCACCACCUGUGCCUUCUGGUUUGACCACAGAAGGGUCGCGCGACGAGCGGACGCCCAAGCAGCCUUCAACACCUGAAUUCGUACAUAGAUUACCAGACUCGCCCGACGACAUGUGCCCAACAGCCACUUCAUCUACUGUCAAGAAAACCAGUUCGCCACCGGUAUCUCUAGUAACAAGACAACGUCCCUCGCCAAGAUCUCAAGACAGCCAGCGAGUCAUUCAGCUCGAGCAGACUGUUGUGAAAAGCAUAGAGGACGAAAUGCCACCUCCAAGAGGACCACAAUAUGAUGGAGUUGAUCAGUCUAUCGACUUGACAGUAUAA